CUCAGUUAGUUGCCCAUCGAAGUCGUUCCGACCAAGAACGAAAAUAAAAAUGUCUGACACGGUGGAAAAUUCGACUUAUGUGAACAAAGUUCAAAUAAUCGACGAUGAUCAGAACACACAGUUGCAUUACUCUGCGGCCGCGGGAGACUUGGAGAAGGUGACGAAAGAUUUAGACACGCAUCCGAAAAUCGACGUGGAAAAUUUUCUUGGUUGGACGCCGCUCAUGAUGGCCUGUCGCAACGGGCACGUGGCAGUCGUCAAUCUCUUAUUGGAAAAGCGGGCGGAUUGCACAAAAAGAAACCAUUUCGGGAUGAAUGUGUUUGGUUUGUGUGUGGCUAGUAAAAAUUUGGAAAUGGCUAAACAAAUGUUACAACAUCUGUUGUGCGGGGGAGUUUCUAAAUUAAGUCUUGAAAAGGUAUUCUCACCAAUUUCUCUAUCCAUACUUUUUUCCAAUCCAGAGAUGACAAACUUUCUUGUGAAGCAAAACUUCAAUAUAAAUCACCAAUUAUCUGUAACACAUAUAACACCAAGCAUGUUCGCUUCAGCUUUAGAAAAACCAGAAAUGCUGACAUUGUUGACGAAACACGGUGCUAACGAAGGAAUGCAAAGCUCCAACGGUCAAACCUCUAAAGACAUCACGGAGGCCGUCCGCAAAUCAAAAUAUGAACCGGUGGUGAAAGAAAUUCCUAAAAUCGUUACCAAUCCCCCUCCACCUCAACAAGUUCCCAUGCCUUCACCAGUAUAUCACCCUCCACCUCAACAGUUCCAUCAUCCUUAUCCUCAACAAUGCCGGUCAAGCAUCCCCGUAAUCAUGUACCCCAAUAACGGUUACUACAACGCCGCAGGAAAUCCUGGAGUGGCUGCGUUGAGAAGAUCCUCGAACACGAUCAGUCCGAAUUACUUGCCACCCAAUAUUACACCCAUCCCACCCAUGCCUCCGAUGCCUUCCAUGUCUCCGAUGGCUUAUUCCAUGCCACAGGUCUUUUUCCCGCCAGAUUUCUCACCGAAUGGUUACGGUGCACACAUGAAUUAUAGUUAUAUUGGCAACGAUUUCCUUAACGACAGAAUCUAUUCUCCCGCAUAUUAUGCACCAACUGACAUGAGUGACAUGAGUCCCAUGUGUUGAUUUUAUUUAUUUAUAUGUAUUAGUUAGUUUGUUUUGAAUAUUUUAUUGUUCGAUUUUAUAUUUUAACUGAAAUUGUAAUGCACCAAUAAAUUUCAAAUUUUACACUUUUA